AUGAAGCUAAAGCUAAUUGUAAAUGGAUCUGAAUCACCAGAAGAUUACAAACUAUUACGAUCUACUAUUGCUACUGUAGCGUCACUGAGAAAGAAUGCCAUUCUCAGAUUUACGAGUGAAAGGCUAGUGAUUAUAUCAACGCCCACAAUGAUGUCGAAUAAUAGUGCUCUUCUUGGGGGAGAUACAGGUCAGCUGUGGUGUACCAUACCUAGAGAUGUUUUUUCACUGUAUAAUGUAAUCAGUGCGCGUGAUUUAAAUACCAUAACUAUGGAAUGCAAUUGUGAUCUUCUCCUCAAUGUCUUGAAGAAGUAUGAUCGAGUUAUCGGCCAGGGCGGUGAUAGCGCUAUGACAAUAAAGCUACAGAGUAUGCCAGAAUGGAAUAUGAAUCCCGCAUUAACAGAAGAGGGAAAAUCUCUCAACAGUUCCAAGCCUAAUCCCAUUUGCGCGCUUGGAGUAACGUUUGAGGAGCUCAUCCACACGGCCUAUGAUGGACAUGUCGGAAGUAUGACAACAAACUCCUGUAAUUCCAUAUCUAGUAAAACAAUUGCACAUUCAUUCAAAGUCCCAGCAAAACUACUAUUUCGAGUUCAAGAUGCACGCAUACAGGAACCAUUGAUUAAUUAUACGCAAUUGAUGAUGUAUAGAUUACCUACGCCUCAAGGUGAAUGGGGGCAUGGAUUUCACAAUUUUAUACGCCGUGUGGAACGUUAUACAAAUCUUAAUUAUAUUAAAUUAAGUGGCAGGAAAUUAGGAACAGAUGGAGAUACUGAAUACCCUCACGAUAACACGAACAAACAUGAACUUAAAAUUGUAGUCAAUGAACUUGAUUGGUACCUUGAGAUAUGUUGGAAUGGUCCGUUGGAAGCUAUUAUACAAUCUCAGAAUGAAACACUCGAAACACAAUCCUGCUUACCAAAUGCAGAGGCAAGUGGCUCCCAUGAUGCCAAUGGUCUUGUCCAUGAUAGUAUGUCGAUUGAAGAGGAUACGGAUUUCAAUGUCACUGUUGAACAGCAGCCAGUUGAUCCUACCGCUUUGAACUUACAGGAAAAUGAGGAUAGUUUCCAGCAUGAGGUGAUAAUUAGAUGCAAAGAUUGGAAAGUAUGUGCUAAACUCUAUGAUGUAUUUGAGGAGAUUGUUUUGGCUAUAUCUCAUGAUGAAUCAUGCGUUUUCCACUGCAGUCUGAAUAGAGGAAGCAUUGAAGAUGAUAGCGGGGAGAAAGCACGUGAGCAUGGUCAAGUGAUUUACUACAUGGCCCGAGCCAAGAGGGUAUAA